ACUGGGAAGGGGAGUCUGCUGAGAGCGCGAUGGGCACUGGGGGUCCGCUGGGAGCGGCUGGGGCCGUGCUGGUGGCACUGGUGGCACUGGUGGCACUGGGAGCCCCCCCGGCUCAUGGCGAGGAGCUGUCGGGGAUCUUCCAGUUGGUGUUUAAGGCCGAGUGUCACUACCUCAAUGGCACCGAGCGCGUCCGGUUUCUGGAGAAGUACAUCUACAACCGGGAGCAGGACCUCUACUUCGACAGCGAUGUGGGGCACUAUGUGGGCAAUACCCCCGAGGGCGAGUUCCAAGCCAAGCACUUCAACAGCCAGGUGGAAAUACUGGAGCAGACACGAGCUGCAGUGGACACGUUCUGCCGGCACAACUAUGGGGUGUGGAGCCCUCUCACCGUAGAUCGGAGAGUGCCUCCCAAGGUCGAGAUCUUCCCGGUGCAGUCGAGCUCGGCGCCGCAGACCAACCGCUUGGCGUGCGCCGUGAGCGACUUCUACCCCGCGCCCAUCGAGGUGCGGUGGUUCCAGAACGGGCGCGAGGAGCUGCAGCGCGUGGUGUCCACCGACGUCAUCCAGAACGGCGACUGGACCUACCAGGUGCUGGUGAUGCUGGAAACCACCCCGCAGCGCGGUGACACCUACGCCUGCCAGGUGGAACACGUCAGCCUCCAGCAGCCCAGCGUCGUCCAUUGGGAGUUGACGGAUGGCAGCAAUAGCAAGAUGGUGACGGGCAUCGGGGGCUUCAUGUUGGGGCUCAUCUUCAUCGUGGUGGGGCUCAUCUUCUACAUGCGCAAGAAGGGCACUUACUUCCCCCCACUGCAGGCCAGCUCCUGAGCAAGCUCCUGCCCCACUGCACGCGGCUCCAAGCAGGCUCUGCCCCACAAGUGUUACCCCACAGCGACCCCUGGUGUCCCCAAUACCGGUUUCCCCCCCUCC